AUGGCCGCGCCCAGGCACUCGGCCAUGCUGUCAAUCAGCAACGCCGCAACGCCGCAAUCCACAUCCAGUGACCGAACACAAGCGCCGCAGCAGCCACAAAGCCCAGCUCCAACACAAGGCCUCCGUGUGCCUUCCAAUCGCAAAACCAUCUACGACCGCCAUCUGAACCGCAGCCGCAAUGCGGAGUCCAGCCGGGCAAGCUUCGCCUAUCUAUUUGCGGAGAUGGUCACAUAUGCCCAGCGGAGGGUAACGGGCAUUCAAGAUCUAGAGAAACGAUUAAAUGAACAAGGAUACCCCCUAGGCCUCCGCCUCCUCGACCUCCUCUUCUACAGAGCAACAUCAACCUCAUCCUCAGCCCUCUCAAGCUCCUCAACAUCCUCCUCACCACCAAACAGACCUCUCCGCAUCCUAACCCUCCUCCACCUCAUUCACGGCCCACUUUGGCGCCUCCUCUUCCAGCGCUCAGCAGAUGCUCUCGAGCACUCCGUCUCCCCGGAUACGCCUAACGAAUACAUGAUCACCGACAACGACCCGCUGGUCAAUACCUAUAUCAGCGUGCCGCGGGAGAUGAGUAUGCUUAACUGCGCAGCCUUUGUGGCGGGUAUUAUUGAGGGCGUGUGUGAUGGGUGUGGGUUUGAGGCUAAGGUUUCGACGCAUAAUCAGCCGACGGAGAUGUGGCCUUCGCGGACGGUUUUCCUUGUGAGAUUUGGGGACAGUGUUAUGGAGCGUGAGAAGGUUUUGGAGCGUGCGGGCAUUAAAUAG